AUGAUUCAACAUAAGAUGAAUGAACUUCGCCACUAUGAACAAUCCUCAGGACAUUCUGACAGACCAACGUCAAAAGGUAGUUAUACGAAACAACUUCAUGAUAUAACUAAUAAUAUACAGACUUCAAGUUCAGGCAAACGAAGAAAGUUAUUAAACAAUAUUGAUGUCGCCAGGAUUGCUACUAGACAGAGGAGACAAUUCCAAGAUUUAAAAGAUACUAAGGAUUUGAAAGCAAAUAUUAUCAAAAUUGAUAGAAAUAUCGAAAAAUAUCAAAAUCGACUUAUACCUGAAAUUAAAUACAAUAUCUCAAAACGUCUUUCUAUGAUUAAUAGAAUAUCGAAUAGAUCUAAUGAUCAUUCAAUAACAAUUGAACAAGUUGAGAUUGAUAUUAAACAAUUACAAACUAAUAUGGAAAUUGAAAUUGAAAAAAUAAAAAAAGAUUUCCAAAAUCAAUUGAUGCAAAAGAAAGAACAACAUAUCAAGAAUAUGGAAUCACUCAAGGUUAAAAAAGAAACAGAAAUCAAUGAUUUAAAUAAAAUACCACCAAAGGAAGAACUCCUAAAAGAUAUUCAUACUUACGAAGAGCAAUUAGAAAAGCUGGAACAAAAAUUAAAAGAAUUAGAAAGAUCAAAUGAAAUGUUCUCCACUGGGUUAGAUGAAAAACUUGAUGACGAAUUCCAAUUAUUAAGGGAUAACAAUACAAAAAAAUUGAAUGAUUCCAAGAAAGAAACCGAAGAGACACAAUGGAAAUUAGAUGAAAUUACAUUUAAAAUUCAAGAUUCAAAUUUUAAUAUAUCUGUAUUAGAGACAGAUAUUGAAAAAAUAGUAAAUGAAAAUAAAAUUCUACAAGACGAUAUCAAUUCAAUUGAAAAAUCCAGUAUGCUGCCAGAACAAAAACUUAAAUUAUUGAGUAAACAAGCUGAAGAGACUGGUCAAGAACACACCGUUCUUCUUGAGUUAGAAAAAUUAGAGAAUGAAAAUUUAGAAGUUCAUUAUGUUCUCCUUGACAAAGAAAUUAGAAAAAGAAAAAUAUUACAAAAUACAAUAGAUGAAUUAAAUGGACAUAUUCGAAUAUUUGGAUUAAUAGGAGAAAAUGGAUCACAACUAAACUAUAACUUAGAACAUAAUUCAAUAAAUGACCCGAAUGAAAAAGAUAACAAACCACUCUAUUUUAAUAGACUCUUUCAGAAACCUGAUUAUAAUGUCGACAAAAUUUUAAAUUCAGAAAUUAAAAUAUAUAGUACUUCGUGUCUGCAAAACCAUGAGGACUAUAAUAUAUUCCAUAUAUCCCCAAGACCAAAUAAUGAUCUUCAAAUCAUGGUAUUGGAAUUUCUUGCUAAAAAUUACCUCGAUGAAUAUAAUGUCAAGUUCCAAAAUUUAUCUUUAUACAAUGAAAAGUUUACAAAUGACAGCCCUUUUUCAAUCCGUGAAGACAACACAAUUCUACUCGAUAGAACCCCUAUCCAAUUAACAGAUGUACCAUCUACUUUAGGGGAUGAUAUCAGGGAUGAUGGAUUGGUCCAAUUAAAAGUACUGAAAGUACAACUAUCUGAAAAAGAAGAUUCUACGGGGCCUAUAGAUUUUUACUUCUUACAGAUCAAUAAUGUACAAUCCAUGGAGUUAUUACAAAGAUUCUUAAAUAAAGAGGAGGCUUGGAAUAAAACACAGAUAGGAUUAUUUAUCUUGAAAAUACUGAAUUACACCAAAUCCUGUUUUGUUUUUGACCUUGAGUCAAAUGACACUAACGAUGUAAGAAAACUUAUGUUACCAAUAUCUAAGUGUAUUAGUAAAAUAAAGAAUCCAUCCAGAAAAUAA